GAUUCUUCUAGCAGAUCGUGCCUGCCAGCUUUCUCUUGAAUGGCUACGACCUCUCCCCACCCAACCACCUCAUCUCUUUUUUCACUAUUUUUUUUUUCCUAUUCCUAGAAACUCUUUUUUUUAAUUAUUUAUUUAUAAACUACUCCUAAUAAUUUUAUAAAGGAAAUUAGCCGAAAUAAAAAUAGGAAAGUUCUGACAAAGCCUUUCUGUUCCCGAGCUGAAACCUGGGUUUUCGUGUGACUGUUGCCUUGGUAGUGCUGGUGGAGAGAGACUCUUUGAGGACUGUGACGGAGGAGGCGGAGGAGGAGAAAACGCCGACGUAAUGACGAGGUUACAGCUGCUGCCGGUGGUGGCGCUGCCGCUACUCAUCAGCAUUCUGUUCUAUGGUCCUAGCUAUACCAUUGCCGACACAGAUCCGAAUGACGCUUCUGCUCUGAGAGUUAUGUAUGGCGCCCUAAAUUCACCUGGUCAGCUAACAAAAUGGACAGCCAAUGGUGGUGAUCCUUGUGGAGAGUCCUGGAAAGGCAUUACUUGCUCAGGCAAUAAUAAAGUUACUGAAAUCAAGUUAUCAGGUCUUCAACUCUCUGGUUCACUGGGUUACCAGCUAGCAAGUCUUACAUCUGUGACUACUUUUGACAUAAGCAAUAACAAUUUGGGAAACCAGUUACCUUAUCAGCUGCCUCCGAAUGUGCAAAGAUUGAAUCUUGCUGGCAAUGGUUUUAAUGGUGGCCUGCCAUAUUCAAUUUCACAGAUGACUUCCCUCCGAUACUUAAAUGUCAGUCAUAAUCAAAUUCAAGGACAAGUGACUGUCGCAUUCGACUCUCUGUCUUCUCUCAACACAUUGGAUUUCUCAUUCAAUGCGAUGACAGAUAAUCUUCCUCAAAGCUUCAAGUCACUGACUAGUAUGAACAAAAUGUAUUUGCAGAACAACCAGUUCACAGGAACUAUUGAUGUCCUAGCCAAUCUUCCUCUUGACGAUCUGAAUGUCGAAAACAACCGUUUUACAGGCUGGAUUCCUGAUCAGUUGAAAGGGUUCGUGAAAUCAAAUGGUAAUUCAUGGAACUCAGGACCUGCACCCCCUCCUCCACCUGGCACACCCCCUGCAAGCAGGCCCGAUCGGCACCACAAAUCUGGAGGCAACAAUAGUCCUUCUGGUAGUGGUGGCAGUGGUGAUGGUGGUGGUAAAUCAGGCAUAGGGGGUGGAGCCAUUGCAGGCAUAGUGAUAUCCAUUCUAGUUGUUGGGGCAAUUGUAGCAUUCUUUGUUAUCAAGAAGAGAUCGAGACGGUCAUCGACGGACAUCGAAAAGCAUGAUAAUCAGCCAUUUGCUCCUCUUGCUUCACAGGAAGUACAAGAGAUGAAAACUAGUCAAGCUUCCUCUGCACCAAGUGUGAAAACAUUUGAAGCUCCUCCUGUAGUAAAUCUAAGACCUCCACCUAUUGAACGUCACAAGUCAUUUGAUGAAGAUGACAUAGCAGCAAAACCAAUUGUCCCACCCAAGAAAGUCAAUACAGCUAAAAUAAAUGCUAGACAAUAUUCAAUUGCGGACCUACAGAUGGCUACUGAUAGCUUCAGUGUUGAUAACCUUAUUGGUGAGGGAUCCUUUGGGCGUGUUUAUCGGGCUCAAUUUGAUGAUGGAAAGGUUCUUGCUGUCAAGAAAAUAAACUCUUCUGCACUCCAGAAUCCUGAAGAUUUUCUCGAUAUAGUUUCUGAGAUAUCCGGGCUGCAUCAUCCAAAUGUAACUGAGCUGGUUGGAUAUUGUUCAGAGCAUGGGCAGCACCUGCUGGUUUAUGAAUUCCACAAAAAUGGUGCUCUCCAUGAUUUCCUGCAUCUGUCAGAUGAGGAAAGCAAGCCACUAACAUGGAAUAGCCGAGUCAAGAUUGCACUAGGCACAGCAAGAGCAUUAGAGUAUCUGCAUGAAGUUUGUUCACCGUCUGUGGUUCACAAGAAUAUCAAAUCUGCAAAUAUUUUACUUGAUGCAGAACUCAAUCCUCAUCUAUCAGACUGUGGAUUGGCAAGUCUUAUUGCUGAUGUAGAUCAGGCACUGAACCAUAAUACAGGAUCUGGAUAUGGCGCGCCCGAGGUUGCUAUGUCUGGGCAGUUUACCAUAAAGAGUGACGUGUACAGCUUCGGAGUGGUUAUGUUAGAACUUCUUACCGGACGAAAACCUUUUGAUGGCGGUAGAACAAGAUCUGAACAAUCUCUAGUUAGAUGGGCAACACCUCAGCUGCAUGACAUUGAUGCCCUGGCUAAGAUGGUUGAUCCAGCACUCGAGGGGCUCUAUCCUGUUAAAUCUCUAUCACGCUUUGCUGAUGUAAUAGCUCUCUGUGUCCAGCCUGAGCCCGAGUUCAGGCCACCUAUGUCGGAAGUGGUUGAAGCAUUAGUUAGGCUAGUGCAACGAGCAAACAUGAGCAAGAGGACAUUUGGUGUUGAUCAGGCUAGUCCAAGGGGUGAAGCAGAUGCGCAGGACUAUGAACCAUAAUUUCCAUGCGACGUUGAGUACUCAACAUGAUGCCUAUUCUAACACACGUGGAGGUGUCUUUUUUCUAUUCUUUGCGUUUAUGAGAAACAACUGAUACUGUUGUUUUGCAGACUCGGAGUGCAUUGUACCAAUACGAGAUGCUAAAAUCUGUUCAUAGUGCAUAAUUUAUUUUUUUCAGUUCUUUUCCUCUAUUUGAACUUCUUCUACCUUCUAAUUGUUCUACAGCGGGAUUAAAGAAAUAAUAUCGUUUUCGUACUUUCAUCA